CUAUUAUUUGUGGUGCAAUUUCGGCCAGUAAACUGUCUGGAAGAGCCGCAGCGAAUACUGGUCUAUGGCCGAAACAAACACGCACUUUUUAAAACGGAUUUGCGUCAUUCAACGGAUUUGAGAAUUUCACAGCACGUUCUUGAAAACAUUUACAUAGAAAAAGUUCCCCAUGGACAAUGUGAUUGGUAAAAUUCAAUUUGGGGUAAUUUUCACAACCAAUGGCAAUGCAGUAAAGGUAUUUAAAUAUUAAAAUCACACGUCUUAAAAUAUUUUGAGCUGCGCUUUCUCCGCUACAGAGUUAAGACCACUUGCAUUGAGGAAGUUCGAAGAAAAUCUAAAGGUUUUUGUUGCUUAUUCAUCGUUUCUACCAAAACCUAAAUCAUUGGCGAAAAUGGUGAUGACAAGAAGUACUGCGAUUGGAUCCAUUGUGACAGGAUCGAUUAUGCUUGGUUUUGCUAUCAUUGCUAUUAUUUGUGGUGCGAUUUCGGCCAGUAAACUGUCCGGAAGAGCCGCAGCGAACGCUGGCCUAUGGUCGCUUUGCUUUGUCGUGCCUGGAGUCUUGAGUAUUUUGGCGGGAGUUAAGAAAAAUAGCCUUGUGAUGGCGUUUGCCCUUUUCUUCAACAUCAUCGCCGUUAUUGUUUCCAGUGUAGCAAGUGUUAUUCUGAUAAUAAUAGUAGUCCUUAUGAACGAAGUGAGGUCAUCCGGACAUUAUAGUUGCAGCGACCAGGGUGAUCAGUGUUAUUGUACAUCAACAUCUAUCUACUCUGAUUAUAAUUCAGUAAGAUGGAACAUGAAGUGCGAAGAUAUUGACACGGUUUACUCUGUUUUUGUUGCUGUUCUUGUCGUCUACAUCAUUCUCACUAUUGUUACAUUCACUGCGUCCAUAUUUGGAUGUAUGGGAACAUGCUGCGCACCACGUGAUCCUGUCGUGGUCAUGACCACUGGUGUACCCGUUCAUAACGCAGGCGCCGUAGUCGUGACGUCCAACCAAUCUUCAAUCCAACAAGGUUAUGCCCAUGGCUAUGUCGCGCAGCCAAUGCCGUCCCAGGCCCCAGUGUAUGGUUAUGGCGAUCAAACUCCUCCAUUCUAUACUACGUAUGAGAACAAGGUGCUCUUGGCGAAUUAAGAAAUCCAUUCAGUUAAUCAGUAUUUUGCUACUCCUUUUUCAUGCUUGAUGUUUACGUUUAAUUAGUAAUUAAUAAUCAUUUUAAAGUUCAAACUAAUCAAUUUACCCCAGAUGGCUUUGUCUGAACUACUUGUUAGUUAAAAUAGUCUACUACAAGAGAGCUGACAGGUGAUUUGUGAAUAGUCUAUCAAUUUAACUACAAAACACGUCGCUCAAACUUAAAUACGUUUACGUAAAAUACGUAGAAAUAGUGUCAUAAUGUAGCACGAAAAGCUUGUUUUAAAGUCGCAAUAACACUUCUUGUAAGUUCUCUUUGAACUGGAAUAACUUGCUCUUUCUCUUUGUUUUUCUUUUCUUAUUUUACUUUCCCGAGUGUAGGAAGCUGUUUUCAAGGAAGUUGGAAAGUAUCACUUACAAUCACUGAUAUGUAUAUUUCACUGGAUAACGCAUCAUGUAUAAAAUAUAGUAAGAUAAUUGAAGUAUACUUUUGUAUUACAAAA